AUGUCCUUACAAUUAUGCUUGAUUGUUUAUUUCAGAAUAUUGUUGCCGCUGCUUAGCUGCUACCUGAUCUCGCACGUGUGCACUGCGCAGGAUUUCUUCGGCGAUAAGAAGGAGACUCAUUUCGAUCUAUUGGAAGCGGCUGUUUCCUUGAUUGACGAUAAGAAUCUGUACAUCACCGAUGGCUACGACGGCUUCCCAUCUUUCGGCUUUCGCCUCGGCUCGGAGGUCAAGCAGCCGUACCGGAUGUAUCUGCCGGAGAAGCUCCCAGCCGAGUUUACGAUUGUGGCGUCGUUCAAACCGCUGUCAGUGAGAACCAGUUACCUGUUCGCCGUACUCAAUCCCUUCGAGACUGUCGUUCAGCUUGGCAUUCGCAUUUCCGAUGGACCAUCAUCGAAUCAAAACAUAUCGCUUGUAUAUACCAACUCAGAUAUGCAUUCCUUCUCCGACGAAGUGGCUAAAUUCACAGUGCCGAAGCUCGCCAAGCGAUGGUCAAAGAUCGUCAUACGCGUAACGACAACCGAAGUCAUUCUCUACAUGAAUUGUAACGAAUUGUCGCGGCAGCGCGUUACAAGAAUCCCACCGGAGCUCGUCUUCGAUACUGCGAGCACACUUUAUAUUGCGCAGGCUGGACCUCAUAUUCAAGAAAAGUAUGACGGUCUACUACAAACACUUAAGCUCCACGCGGGUUAUCCACUGGACCUUGUCAAAUGUAACAACGAUUUUGACUUCCUUUCGGAAGAGAGUUCGGGGGAUCAUGACUUGAUCAGCGGCUCGGGAGAAAUCGAUCUCGAUGACGUUCCCGUGAGUUACACUAUUAUACCUCUGGUAGACUUGACUUUCGUGCGACGUUGUUAA